AUUUUCAUAUACACCUUGCGAUACAUACACAUUAUAGUUGAGUGUUUACUCUGGGGACUAAGCAGUAGUAACUUUAAAGAUCGGACUUGAGGCAUAAUUCCGCCAUGUCGAUGCAACGCCCAGGCAUUGGGUCGUUUUCAAUUGAUUCUCUAAUGGCACCAACUGCAGUGGCAUCCCGGUAUGGACCUUUGUUUUGCAAUUCUGGAUAUUUUUUCAUGCCCCCAACAACAGGAAUAACAGGAUUUGCACCUUCUAGUCAGGCUUCAGAUUCUACAUUUAAUUAUCAAAACUUAACAACAGAACAACUUCUUGCAGCUAGAGCACAACAGUUCACCUUAGGACAUUUUCCUAACCCGUAUGGUCUUCCAAACGUAAACCCUAUGGCUCCAUUUGCCGGAUUAAAUUUUAAAUCAAAACUUUCUCCAGGAGCACACGAGAAGCAUUCGUCACCAUCAUUGAAAUUAUCAGCUGAUGAGCAUGCGGAGCUAAGAACAGACUCACGAGAUACAUUUGACAGGUGUUCGCCGCUAAGCACAGACAGUUGCAGUAACAACAGAUCGUUGAAGCCAAGAGACUCUGAUUGUGAAAUCAACGAAGAUUCUUGCGAAGAGAAAGAUAUCGAUAUAGACUGUGAUGAUCUCAACGAUUCUUCUUCUGACCUCAAAUCUUUUAAAAACUCUUCAACCGGAAACGAUUCUGGUAAUGUAAAAUCAAGACGAAGACGAACGGCUUUUACGAGUGAACAAUUGCUAGAGCUAGAAAAGGAAUUUCACAGUAAAAAGUACCUAUCGCUUACGGAAAGGUCACAUAUAGCACAUAAUCUUAAACUUAGUGAGGUUCAAGUGAAAAUAUGGUUUCAAAAUAGACGCGCCAAAUGGAAGAGAGUAAAAGCUGGAAUGGUUCAUGGUCGAACAGGAAGUGACAUGUCUAAUAAACCGAAAAUUGUUGUCCCAAUUCCCGUGCAUGUCAACAGACUAGCUAUCCGAAGUCAACAUCAGCAGUUUGAAAAGACAUUGAAACAGACAUCCCCAAGUUAAAUUUCUGGUUUUUAAGUCAAUGAAAUAAGAUCAGCUUGUUAAUUUUUGUGGAUAUAUCUGUUUGAAUAUGUUGCCAUACGGCAAAUUUACAUUUUAUUCAGAAGUCUAGGCCAAAGAUCUGAACUUUUUAACCCGGUUAGUAACACAGAUCAUAGUUAACCAGAAGAAAUCAUCAACUUUCUGUGCGAGCUUUCUAAAUAAAAAGAUGCUGGCCCGUAUUUGUGUACAUAUUAAAUAACCCGUUACUUUCCAAAUGAUGCUGUUGUUUAAUGUAUUUCACACUUAUGGAAUGAUUAUUAAAAUAUAUGUGUAAGGUU